AAACAAACCCUCCCUGCUACGCGCAAAAUUGAGACACGGGAUCUCGCACGCACAACGCAUCAAACACUCUCGUUCUUCUGCGUCCUUGAUUUACAAUGGCGGAUUCUUUGACUGAAGAGCAAGUCUCUGAGUUUAAGGAGGCUUUCUCUCUCUUUGACAAAGAUGGAGAUGGACAAAUCACAACUAAAGAACUCGGCACGGUCAUGCGAUCUCUUGGCCAGAACCCCUCCGAGUCCGAGUUGCAAGAUAUGAUCAACGAGGUCGAUGCUGAUAACAACGGAACCAUUGAUUUCCCGGAAUUUCUCACCAUGAUGGCUAGAAAGAUGAAGGAUACGGAUUCCGAGGAGGAAAUCAGAGAGGCUUUCAAGGUCUUCGAUCGUGAUAACAAUGGCUUCAUCUCCGCCGCCGAGCUCCGUCAUGUCAUGACAUCCAUUGGAGAGAAGUUGACGGAUGAUGAGGUUGAUGAGAUGAUCAGAGAGGCUGACCAGGACGGUGAUGGACGAAUUGACUACAACGAAUUCGUUCAACUCAUGAUGCAGAAAUAG